AUGAAUUACACACACACUCUUUCUCUCCUCUUUUCUUUCUUUCUUGUGUUGAACAUUUUCAACUUUGCCAAUGCCUUUAACAUCACUAAACUCCUUGAACAAUACUCAGAUUUCAGUACCUUCAACAACUAUCUCACUCAAACCCAACUAGCCGGAGAGAUCAAUUCCCGGCAAACCAUCACUGUCCUUGUGGUUGACAAUGACAAUAUAUCACCCAUAUCAGGAAAACCUGUUGACUUGCUCAAGCAGAUUAUGAGCGUUCAUGUAAUACUGGAUUACUAUGACGUAAAAAAACUUCAAUCUCUACCAAACAAAACCAGCAUUCUCACCACUCUCUUCCAGAGCAGUGGCACGGCCUCCGGUGAACUAGGCUUCUUGAACGUGACAGAUUUGAGCACCGGCAGCGUCGCGAUCGGAUCGGCUGAUAAAGGUGCCACUCUAGGGGCCACUUUGGUCAAGUCCAUUGCUGCGCAACCCUAUAAUGUAUCAGUAUUGCAAAUUAGUACUAUAAUUAUUCCUUUGGGCAUUGAAAAUUCAAAAUCAAACUCUUCCUCAAAUUCAACUUCUCCUCCUUCCCCGGUUACAGCAGCUAGUCCGGGGAAAUCAGAGACACCCACUCCGGCGAAGUCACCGGCCACAGCGCCACCUAAGUCUAGCAAGGCACCUGCACCAUCUGAUGCAGCUUCGGAUGCACCAUCCAAUGCAGAAGCUCCGACAAAGGCUGACACGCCUUCAGCUGCGCCGGGUUCGCCACCAGUACCUGAUGCUCCAACUGCUGGUACUCCAGCAGCAGAUGCUCCGGCUGCAGAUAAUUCUUCUCCCAGUGUAGGGACAGCUAUUGGUCUAGGUCUUGGUGGGGUUGUGAUGAUAAUAUUAUCAACUUUGUGUCUAACAGUGAUGAAUUGA